AUGAAGAAUCUCCUCUUUGCCGUGCUCUUGGCUUGUGGGCUGCUCCCGGCUCUCGGCAGCGUUUUGGAGCUGGAGGGGAUGAUCAGGUCGACCACGGGGAGAAGCGCCCUGUUCUCCUACACGUGGUACGGGUGUUUCUGCGGCAUCGGGGGCAGAGGGACCCCCGUGGACUCCACCGACCGGUGCUGCCGUGCCCACGACUGCUGCUACAGGAAGGGGAGAGAGGGCGAGGGCAGCCCCCUGGUAACCCCCUACCACUACGACGUUGCCGACGGAGACAUCGUCUGCGGUAACGAGCAGAGCUGGUGCAAGAGGGAGACCUGCUUGUGCGACAGGGCGGUGGCUUUGUGUUUCGCUAGCGCUUUGCCUUCCUACAACGAGUCGUACCGCUUCUACUUCAAGCUGAAAUGCCGGGGAAGCCAGCUCCAGUGCUGA